AUGGAGACCUUCUAUAACGGUCUCAACGCUCAUACUAGGAUGGUGGUUGAUGCUUCAGUGAAUGGGGCUCUUCUUGCUAAGUCCUAUAAUGAGUCAUAUGAAAUCCUUGAGAGAAUAUCUAACAACAACUAUCAGUGGCCCACUUCUACAUUGUCUACAGGUAGAAAGGUGCCCGGUAUUCAUGAUGUAGAUGCCAUCACUUCUUUGGCAGUCCAAGUGUCUUCUAUUUCUAAUAUGCUCAAGACAAUGAAUAUGGGGAUGGAUAAAUCAAUGGGGCAGCCUAUGGGGACACAAAUGGGGCAAAUGGAGAGCAUUUCUUGUGUGUAUUGUGGUGAGGGUCAUACUUUUGACAACUGUCCUUCUAAUCCGGCAGCUAUAUGUUAUAUGGGGAACCAAAAUAGGAAUGGUCCUUAUUCUAAUUCCUACAACCCAUCAUGGAGGCAACAUCAAAAUUAUACAUGGAGUAAUCAAGGAGAUAGGCCUAGUAAUCCUUCUAUGCCUCCAAGACCAAAUUUUCCACCGAGUUACCCCCCACAAGCAACACAACAAAGGCCACAACAACAAGUAAUGCAAUUUAGCUCUCUUGAAAACAUGUUGAAGGAAUAUAUACUGAAGAAUGCAGCCAUGAUUCAAAGCCAAGCAGCUUCAUUGAGGAACUUAGAGAACCAAGUUGGGCAACAAGCUAAUGAGCUUAAAAUAGAUCCCAUGAGUGGGAAAGAGUUGGAGAAGGACAAGACCAAUUCUGGGCAUGAGGGUGGGCCAUCUUCAAUCCAAAUAAAUGAGGAAUUCCAAAAAGAUGCUGAACUUCCUAGUGCACAAAAAUCUGCCUCGGCCCAGAAUGCUUCAGGGAUGCCGCAGCAUUGUCACCCAGCAAGUCAAAUUUCAAAGCAGCCACCUCCAUUUCCUCAAUGUUUUCAGAAGCAAAAGUUGGAUUCUCAAUUCAAGAAAUUUCUAGAUAUGUUGAAGCAGUUGCAUAUCAUCCCACUUGUAGAGGCACUUGAGCAAAUUCCUAACUAUGUGAAAUUCAUGAAAGAUAUUCUUACAAGGAAGAGAAGGUUAGGAGAAUUUGAGACAGUGGCUCUUACCAAGGAAUGUAGUUUAUUCUUGCAAAGCAAGCUGCCACCGAAGAUGAAAGAUCUUGGGAGUUUCACCAUUCCAUGCACCAUUGGUAAUUCAUAUUGUGGCAUGGAAUUAUGUGACUUGGGUGCCAGUAUAAAUUUGAUGCCUAUGUCUGUGUAUAGACAAUUGGGGAUUGGUGAAGUCCGACCUACCACAAUGACUCUACAGCUUGCAGAUAGAUCUCUUUCUUAUCCAGAUGGGAAUAUUGAGGAUGUCUUGGUAAAAGUUGAUAAGUUCAUUUUCCCAAUCGAUUUCAUUGUGUUGGAUUAUGAGGCAAACAGGGUGGUACCAAUCAUUCUAUGGAGGCCUUUUCUAGCUAUUGGUACAACUUUGAUUGACAUGCAAAAAGGUGAACUUAUUAUGAGGGUUCAAGAUGAGCAGGUGACUUUCAAUGUUUUCAAGGCUAUGAGAUUUCCAGAUGAGGUCAACGAUUGUUCUAUUGUUUCAGUGGUAGAUUCUUUGGCUUCAAAGGAGUUAGAAAACAAUUUUGAUGAUCCUCUAGAGAGACUCUUGAUGUUUGAUUCACAUGCAGAGGAUGAGGAUGAAUACUUGGCUUGGCUAGAAGCUAGUUCACAAGGAUUUCAUACAAGAAAGCAUUUUGAAUCUUUGGAGCUCUCUUUGAGGUCUUUCGCAGCCCCUAAACCAUUAGUGAAAGAGCCUCCAGAGUUGGAAUUCAAAGCUUUACCCUCACACUUAAGAUAUGCCUAA